CGGGAUCCGGGUUUGUUGAGGAAUUUGGGGCGGACGCUCGGUCCGGGACCGGGAAUGGGAAGUUUAAACAGCCGCCAGGAAGCCGGAGUGGAGGAGCUGGACCUCCCGGCGGGGUCAGUCUACAGAUACCCUCCCAAAUCCGGUAAUUACUUUGCCAGUCAUUUCAUCAUGGGAGGAGAAACAUUUGACUCAACUCAUCCUGAAGGUUACUUAUUUGGAGAGAACAGCGACCUGAAUUUCCUGGGGAUCCGCCCAGUAGCUUUUCCUUAUGCUGCUCCACCACCUCAGGAUCCAGUGAAGACACUGCGGAGCCUGAUAAACAUCCGGAAAGACACUUUGCGAUUGGUCAAAUGCACCGAGGAGGUGAAGACCCCUGGAGAAGAGAUUCCCAGACCAAAGAUCUGUUACAAUGUGGAAUUUACAUUUGAUGCUGAUGCACGUGUUGCCAUCACAAUCUAUUACCAGGCAACGGAGGACUUUCAAAAUGGUUGUGCGAGUUACACAGCUAAGGACUGCUCGCUGCAAUCAGAAACUGUCCAUUUUAAACGAGGUGUGUGUCAGCAGUUCUGUUUGCCCUCUCACACCAUUGACCCAUCUGAUUGGAUGGAGGAGGAGCUGGCCAUGGAUGGUGAUCGGACUGUCUAUCCAAUGGUGAUUCACGCUGUGGUGGAUGAAGGAGAGGAACAUCUUGGACACUCCCAUGUGCUGCUGACGACGUUUGAUAAGAAUGUAGACGGUAACUGCUCAGUGAAACCCCUCAAACAGAAACAGGUGGUUGAUGGUGUCAGUUACCUGCUGCAGGAAAUCUAUGGAAUUGAGAAUAAAUAUAACUGUGAGCAAUCUAAGGGGGCUGAUGAUCAGCACAGUGAUAACAGCGCUGAAUGUGUUGUGUGUCUCUCUGAUGUCCGGGAUACUCUCAUCCUACCAUGUCGACACCUGUGUCUGUGCAAUGCCUGUGCAGAUACCCUGCGAUACCAGGCCAACAACUGCCCAAUCUGCCGCUUACCAUUCCGCGCUCUCCUGCAGAUUAGAGCCAUGAGGAAGAAAGUGGACCCUCUGACCCCGAGUGGCUACAACCCAAUGAUCGCAUCACAGAUUUCUGAGCCUGAUGAUCAUUCGUCCUCCGACCACAUCCCCUCGGGAUAUGAGGCUGUCUCAUUGCUGGAGGCCCUGAACGGCCCCCUUGUUCCUUCACCGUCAGCCCCCCCCGUUCACCUGAUUAGAGAUGGCCAUACACCCAGUCCUCUGUCUUCUUUUGGGCCUGAUGGACGGACUCUUUCUGUGCGCACCUUGUCUCCGCUGGACAGAGCAUCUGACAGUGCCAACCCAGGCUUCAAGCUGAAGAAAAGCACUUCCAAGUCGCUCUCACAGAACUCCUCCAUUCUUCAUGAAGAAGACGAAGAGAAAUCCUUCAACGAUGGGGACCUAGUGUCCCCCAGAAAACCAAACACUCAGGAACUUGAGGAUUCUGGUGUAACUCCUGAGAGUGAGAACCUGACACUGUCAUCUUCUGGAGCUGUCGACCAGUCCUCGUGUACAGGAACCCCACUCUCCUCCACCAUCACAUCACCUGAAGAUGCCAGCAGCAGUCUAGCACACUCUGUGAUGUCAAUGACCUCCUCCCAGGUCAGUACCGACACCAUCUCCUCGAUGUCUGGUUCCUACAUGGCGACAGGAGCUGAUGAGCGUUUGGAUUGUGUUACUGAUGAUCAUGUGCCACUGCCUGUGACAGAGGAGGAGGUGGAGCCACCACCAGCAGAGGCUGCGGACCCCAUGUGUGUCAUGACUCACCCUACAGAUCAGGAUGCUGAGGGGAACGCGGUUAGUGAGGAAGUGUCCGCAUCGACUGAGGUGGAAUCGGAGAGUGAUGGAUGGUGGCCGGGAGCUGUCACAGCUCUUGUGUGUGACAAUAACAAUGAGCAGACAGGCCUGAUGCGAUUGGACAAUGACCCCUGUCCAGAGGAUGCUGUGCCUGGUACACCUCUGACUGAAGACACGAUUGAACACCCACUCUCCAUUCCUAGUAACACUGAUCUGAAGGACAGCGGAGACCCCAGUCACAUCUACAGACCCCUGAUUGUGUGAAGGAAGCACCAGCAAUUAAUCCGACUCCAACCUAAAGUGUGAUGCCUCCUGAAGUCGGCCAGUAUUGGGGCCAAGGCACUUUGUAGCAGUAGCAGAGCAAUACCUCAAAUAUAGCACAGUGUAGCUUUGAGAUAUCACCCCUCAUUCUCCCUUUAUCUCUCCAUGCCCAAAUCCUUCUCACCGGUCACUGUCUGAUGUUCCUUGUAUCAAAUCUUCACUUCCUCUCUCAGAGCCCCUUUCCUGUUCAUUACUCCCCCUUCCAGUGGCUCCCUCUCUCAGUCCCUCUCCA